AUGAAAGAAAUAUUUUAUAAACAUACCACAAGAUAUAACAAUAAAAUGAGAUCAGUCUCCAUUUUACUUUAUGGAAUCAGGUCCAUUACUUCAUUGUCACAUUUCCUGCCUGAGUGCAUAUACCUGCGUGUGUACCUGCUACAGAAAUAUGAAAGUCUUUUAGUUCAUAGACAGUAUGUGCUAAGUUGCUUCAGUCAUGUCCAACUCUUUAUGACCCCAUGCACUGCAGACCACCAGGCUCCUGUGUCCAUGGAAUUCUCGAGGCAAGUAUACCAGGAAUUGAACCCUCUUAUGUCUCCUGCAUUGGCAGGCAGGUUCUUUACCACCAGUGCCACCUGGGACCAUACACCUUAG